UUUGAGUGGAACUUCUGGCUGGAAUGGGGGAGGCGGAGCCUGGUGUGGCUCUUACUUGGCCAUGCAGCUGUGUCUCAAUUGGCCAUACUGCUGGCGAAGAAGCACAGAGCCUGGAUCAUCAUGGUCUAUGGAAUGUGGGCCUGCUGGUGUGUGCUGGGGCUUCCAGGCAUGGCCAUGGUCUUUCUCCACACCACCAUCGCCUUCUGUGUGGCCCAGUUCCGGUCAGUGCUCUUGUCCUGGCUGUGUUCUCUCUUCCUGCUCUUCACCCUGAGGGUGCAAAGUGUGGAGGAAGUUAAGAGGCGGUGGUACAAGACAGAAAAUGAAUACUACCUGCUACAGUUCACACUGACUGUUCGCUGCCUGUACUACACCAGCUUUAGCCUGGAGCUGUGCCGACAGCCCCCGCCUGCCCAGAGCACCUCCUGUUCCUUCCUGUGGUUACUGGCCUAUGUCUUCUAUUAUCCUGUCUUCCACAAUGGGCCCAUCAUCAACUUCCCGGAGUUCUUCAAACAGAUGCAGCAGCCAGAGCUCAGCUCUUCAAAGCACAGUCUUGGCAUUCUGGCCAAGGGCUUGGGCCGCCUGCUGUGCUGGUGGUGGCUGGCUGAACUGAUGGUCCACCUCAUGUACAUGCAUGCCCUCUACAACAGCAUAUCCCUCCUGGAGAGUGUUUCCUGCUGGACCCUAGGAGGACUGGCCCUGGCCCACGUACUCUUCUUCUAUGUGAAAUACUUGGUGCUCUUUGGUGCUCCAGCUCUCCUCAUGCGCCUGGAUGGACUCACACCACCACCCCUCCCCCGCUGUGUGAGCACCAUGUUCAGCUUUACAGGGAUGUGGAGGUAUUUUGAUGUUGGACUACACAAUUUCUUAAUCAGGUAA